CCAAACAACAAAGGAUGGAAAGUAAGAUGACGCUGGGUAGCACUUGCAGACGUAAUCACAACAUGCGCCUUACCUUAUCUCACGCGCAUGAAUGAUAAAACAAAGAACGAGAUCUAUCCGUCCCUCUCGUACCAUUCAUUCAUUAUAGUUGAGAGACUCUCUCUGCAUGCAUCUUUCUUUCUCUCUUAAUCUCCACUAUUUGUCAGUAUUUAAGCUUUUUUUAAAAUAAAAACGAUCAGAGUGUCCAAUCUCUCUUAUCGUUUCUUCAAAAGUUUCUAAUUAUUUCAUUCUCAGUUUUCUCUCUUAAAUCUCAUAGACAAUCUUCUUUCGCAUCUCUCUCCCUCUCUGCAAUGAAGAAAAUUGUGUUAAAGUUGGAUCUGCAUGAUGAUGAUAAGGCAAAACACAAGGCCCUUAAAACAGUUUCUACUCUCCCAGGAAUCGAUUCGAUUGCAAUGGAUAUGAAGGAGAAGAAACUAACCGUGAUCGGAACCGUGGAUCCAAUAAAUGUAGUAAGUAAGCUAAGAAAGUAUUGGCCGAUGACUGAUAUCAUACUAGUGGGACCUGCCAAAGAGCCAGAAAAGGAGAAGAAGGAAGAGCCAAAGAAGGAAGGUGGUGGCGAGCAGCCGAAGAAAGAAGGGGAAGCUCCAAAGGAAGAAGGGAAAAAGGAAGGAGAAGCGCCAAAGAAAGAAGAAGAAAAGAAAGAAGGCAGUGAUAAGAAGGAAGGAGAGAAGAAAGAUCAACCACAACCGCAGCCACAGCCUCAGCCACAACCGCCACCACCAGAUCAUGUGUUGGAGCUUGUGAAGGCAUAUAAAGCAUAUAAUCCUCAUUUAACAACUUAUUACUACGCCCCAAGCAUGGAAGAGAACCCUAACGCUUGCGUUAUAUGUUGAAAAAAAACAUGUAUAAUAAUAUAAUAUAACUCGAAAAAUGUGAAAGAGAUGGACAGAUCUAUGAUGAGGAAUAAGAAUAAGAACCAGAGCAUAUAUCUUAGUCGUCUAAGAUAUAUCAUUUGGAUUAGAUGGGAUAUGUUCUUUUUUUCCUUGAUAAUGCGGGGCGAGUUCAUUUGUUUAAACCGAUUUUGAUGAUAUGUUUUGAGUAUA